UUCUUGCAAACAAACUUACCUAGAUCUAUCCCAACCCAAACUCUCUCUCUCUCUCUCUCUCUCUCUCUCUCUCUCUCUUGUUUCUUGUUUCUUUUCUCUCCAACAAGAUGUAUAGCGUAAAAGGACUCGUUGAUUCAGGUUUUCAUCAGUCAGCUAUUCCAUCCAAGUUUAUUAUUGCGUCCUCGAGUCAAGAAGAUGAUACAGUCCUCUCCCAAGAAGAAGCAAUCCCAACCAUUGAUUUUUCCCUACUAACUUCUGGUGAUCCUGAUCAACGAUCCAAAGUCAUCCAAGAUAUUGGCAACGCAUGCCUCGACUGGGGAUUCUUUAUGGUAAUCAAUCAUGGUGUGCAAGAGAAGUUGAUGGAUGAUAUGGUGAAGGCAAGUAAAAGUUUUUUUGAUAUGAGUGAGGAGGAAAAGGGAGAGUACAACGGGAAGCAAUUAUUUGAUCCAAUAAGGAGUGGUACAAGCUUUAAUGUCCUUGUUGAUAAGUCAUUGUUUUGGAGGGAUUAUCUCAAGGUUCAUGUUCAUCCCCACGUCAAUUCGCCUAAUAAGCCAGCCUGCUUCAGAGAAAUUUCACAAGAAUACUGCAAAAGGGCCAGGGAUGUGGCAAGUGAAUUACUCAAAGGGAUAUCUAUGAGCUUGGGAUUGGAAGAAAACUACAUAGAUAAAGCAAUGGAGGUUGAAUUUGGGUCACAACUUCUUGUUGUCAAUUUUUACCCACCAUGCCCACAACCAGAGUUGGCCAUUGGCAUGCCUCCUCAUUCGGACCACGGCUUAUUGACCCUCCUCAUACAGAACCAGCUUGGCGGACUUCAAGUCCUACACAAUGGCAAGUGGGUCCCUAUUAAUCCUCUUCCUAAUUCCAUUCUUGUGAAUACUGGAGAUCACAUGGAGGUAAAUAUAUUAUUACAUUCCUUUCUCAUGCUAUUAUGGUAGUAAGGUUUAAAUUGG